AUGGAAUCGGAGCCGCGGCUCCUGCCGGAGCAGGUCCACGUCGUGCGGGACCUGGACGCCGCGAGAUUGUGGGCCGAGAACGUGCGCCUCGGGAGAAGAACAUUUGAGCGGUUUAAGUGUGCAUGCGUCCACAACGGCCGGUUGGUUGUCUUCACAGAUCAUUCCACGAAUAACCAGUGGGGUGGUUGCGAGGUUUACAGAUGGGCGCACGAGCGCGCCGCCGACGGCUCGUGGUCUUCCUCCAUAGUCAGAGGCUAUUACGGGAUAGCUUUUGUCUCCGAGUCCGUCCUCCUCGGCUAG